CCAAUUCCUAUGGAAAACGAGAAAUGGCUUUUGGAUUUUCACUAUGCUGCACAAAUCAGCAUCUGGUUGUUAAAGCCGAUCGGUGCCUGGCCGUUGAAACAGCAAGCUACCAAAAUGGAAAUUAUAUAUAACUUAUCAAUUGUUAUCGCUAUGUUUUUUCAACUCUUCUUGAUCAUUCCGUGGAUCUUAUGUAUAAUUACUGCAAAAUGGAGUAUUUACGAAAUUCUCAGGACUGCGUGUCCGUUGAUAUUUACAAUUACCGUUUUUCUGAGAUACUUACUGUUAUUAUUUCAUCGUAACGAGAUCAGAUCGUGUAUCGAUCGUAUUAUUGAAGACUGGCGUAACGUGGCGAUAAUCGAAGAUCGCAAAAUCAUGCUAGCGAACGCCAGAACGGGACGCUUCUUUGGCAUUGUCUCCGUGGCAUUUAUGUUUGGCAGUGGUAUACCUUAUGCCUUUAUGCCUUUAUUGUUGCCACCUGUCGUUACAGAAGACAACGUGACGAUUAGAUCACUGCCCGAUCCCUCUGAGUUGAUCUUCUUAGACGUCCAGGUCACUCCAAUUUAUGAAGUCGUAUAUGCAUUGGAAACUAUAUCGUGUUGUACUAUGUAUACCGUAUUUUGUGGCAUUUGUAGUUUAACAGCUAAAUUCGUUACUCACGCGUGCGGUCAGUGCGAAAUCUUAAUAUAUUUUUUCGAAGAGUUGAUCGAUGGUGGCGAUCGAAACAAAGGCACUAUCGACCAAAGGAUCAGUACCGUUGUAACACAGCAUCUCCGAAUACUCAGAUUCGUUUCUGACAUAGAGAAAAUAUUGAACGAGAUAUGUUUAGCGGAAUUUAUAAAUGCUUCGUGUAAUAUAUGUUUACUUGGUUAUUAUGUUAUUGUGGAUUGGAACAAUCAAGAAUCGAUGCUACAAAUUUUCGUGUAUUUCGUUGCUUUUAUAUCAAUCACUUUUAAUAUAUACAUAUUUUGCUACAUUGGCGAACAGCUUGUGGAUCAUUGUCGGAAAAUAGGUACUAAAUGUUAUAUGAUAGAAUGGUAUCGUUUACCACGAAAUAAGGCGCGCGACUUAAUUUUCCCGAUGCUUAUGUCAAAUUAUCCGGUCGAGCUUACUGCCGGAAAAAUGGUGACAAUGACUAUAAGCAGUUUUUCUGACAUUUUGAAAACGUCGAUGGCGUACUUCAAUUUACUUCGCGAAGUUGUCACACGAGAAAAUACAUAA